AACGAACAGACCUCUUAUUCCUCGUUAAGGAAUUCCUAACCUGUUUUAAACCUAACUCAACGUGACCUAAUUAUUAACUAACGUUACAUGGUUUUCCGCUAUUGUUGUUUUAUAAUUAAGUUAGGAAUGAUGUUCAAUAAACAUUAAUAUUUAGCUAAUAGGAUGUGUUUUUAAUUAAUAUCUCGUGUUAUAACAGAAAGAAUAAGAUGUUGAGUGCAAUUUUGAAGCAUCUUGUUCCUGUGAAACCUUUGUUAACUGAUAUACGAUCUAUUUGUAAAAUAUCACAACAAUAUCUCAAACAUAGCAAAAAUGUAUUUUCUAUGGCAUUGACAGUUAGAACAUUCUUAACAAGAAGUGCAAGGAUAUCCGAUGGAUUAAUACAAUCAACAAGAUUAUUCAAACCUAAUAAAUUGCCGCAAAACUUGUUAGUACGGCAUCAGCAAACGAUAAAAUUGGACAUAGAUACGAAUGUAUGCAACAAUGUAAUCUUAUACAAGAAUGAAAAUCAGAGAUAUGUAUUGAAAGUUCAUUUUGUAGCAAUUGCACAAUUUGUUUGGUGGUCGACAAUAGCUUUUUAUUCCUAUAGGGCAUCUUUUUGGGAUAUUUUCUAUACUGAUAUAACGUUGCAGCAACAUCUAUACAACCAUCUUAUAACUCAUGUCUUGUUCACUUUAUCAGUUAUUAUUGCUCCUCUCACGUAUGUUGCAGUUUAUGCUUUAUUUAGUCGUACUAUCAGAUAUAUUGUUCUUCACAAAGGUGGUGAAAAAGUUACGCUUACUACCUCUCAUUUAUGGAAAAAAAAUGAUGGUAUACAAGUGCCUGUAGGCAAUGUAAAAUGUCUCAGGCACAGGACAGCUACAGGAAUUUUUAUGCUAGUUAAAGUAAAAGACAAACGUUUCUAUUAUCUGAUUGAGAAGAAGGGAACGUUUCUAAAUCCUGAACUUUUUGAUUAUACGUUAGGAUUUUCUCAGUUUAGAAAGUAGUGUUCUUACGUACAAUUGUUCAUGUUGUGUAUAAUAUAUUAUAGAUAUUAAAUAUUAUAGAGUUAUAAUAUCAUGUAUUUAUACUUUGUACAUGAAAUAUAAAUAUUUAUAACCGUGUUCGUUGUGGAUUAUAGAUCUCGUUAAUAUACUGACACAUUU